AUGGGCUCCCCGCCGCUCUCCCCGCCGGAGCGCGGCCGCCGCCGCCCGGCCCCGCUGGCCGGGGCCGCCCCGCGGGCGAUGCUCGUGCUGAGGGCGGCGCCGGCCGGGCUGCGCGCCGCGCCGGAGGAAGAGCCCGGCAGGAACAAGGUGCCGGCGGCCCCGCCGCAGGGAGCGGGGCAGGGAGCCGAGCCGCGGGCCGAGAAGGGGUCCUCGCCAGUUGCUCCAGUUCAUCUUGUCAAUGAAGACUCAACUGACAAGACUAAUUUGGGCUUUAUUCAUGCAUUUGUGGCUGCUAUAUCAGUCAUCAUUGUAUCAGAACUUGGAGAUAAGACCUUCUUCAUUGCAGCCAUCAUGGCAAUGCGAUACAACCGUUUGACUGUACUGGCUGGUGCUAUGCUUGCCUUAGGACUGAUGACGUGCUUAUCAGUUUUGUUUGGCUAUGCCACAACAGUUAUUCCUCGUGUGUAUACAUACUAUGUGUCGACUGCACUGUUUGCCAUUUUUGGCAUUAGAAUGCUUCGAGAAGGCUUGAAAAUGAGUCCAGAUGAGGGCCAGGAAGAGCUGGAGGAAGUUCAGGCAGAAAUUAAAAAAAAAGAUGAGGAACUUCAGAGAACUAAACUGUUAAAUGGGCCAGGGGAUGUGGAAACAGGAUCAACUGCCACUAUACCUCAGAAGAAAUGGCUCCAUUUUAUUUCUCCCAUCUUUGUACAAGCGUUCACUUUAACAUUUUUAGCAGAGUGGGGUGAUCGUUCCCAGUUAACAACCAUCGUCCUGGCAGCCAGAGAGGAUCCUUAUGGUGUGGCAGUAGGAGGAACGGUGGGACAUUGUCUAUGCACUGGUUUAGCAGUUAUUGGAGGGAGAAUGAUAGCACAAAAAAUUUCUGUUAGGACUGUGACAAUCAUAGGAGGCAUUGUCUUCUUAGCUUUUGCAUUUUCUGCACUAUUUAUAAGUCCAGACUCUGGUUUUUAAAUAUUUUUCAUCACUGCAAAAGGACAAGGAUUGGAAGCAUCUAGCAGCUAUCCUUGUGUGGUUUUGUAUAUAAAUGUACAGAAUUACAGUUUAAACAAGCACCGAAGAUGAGACACUGAACUUUUUAUAGCAAACGAUUGGUGGGAUUGAGACAUUUAUAGACAGCUUCUGCGGUGGAGAUCUGUUUGCUGUCUGGUUUGUAUGUUCUGUGGCACCUGCUACUGUGGUAGGAUUUGUGUGAUUUUCCUGUUUGCUGAACCUGGCUCAGCUGAGUUUUGAGAAUCUAUGUCCAUAAAUGUUGGAGCUUUCUUUUUUCCCCCACUGUUACACACGGCUCCCUUUCCUGUUGCUUCAAGAGCUAAUUCUUAUGCCUUCUCUGAAGCAGACCAGAGUGUUUUGUUUCAUAAUGUUGAACAAAAUAUUAAAGAGAUAACAGUUGACUCCCAUUUCCAAAGACUUUGGUUCCAGGACGUUCCUGAGGCUGGAUAAUGUAAGCAACAAAAAGCUGGGGAGCCGUUCCUAUACCAUUUAGCUGCUGAGCCACCAACAGAAAAUAUUAUGAAUUUCAUGUAGAGGGCAAACUUCUUAAUCAGGGAUUUUUAUCAGGAAAUUGUGUGCUGAUGAGCAGCCUACCAAGUUCAAUGUGCAAUCUGGAGCUAGUAGUAUUUGAUUUUUUUUUUUUUCUUUUUUUUUUUUUUUCUUUUUUGACUUUCUAAACUUUAUAAAGUAUGUGGAAAGUAAUAAAGUGGUCCAACUUAACGGUGUUUCAUUCCCAGGACUGAACAAUAAUGGAAUCUUUAGAUUUAGAUAUGUUCAUAUUUUUCUUUUUAGGAAUAGAAAUGUAAUCUGGAAGAGUAUUAAUAAAACAUAGUGUCUCAA